GCAGUAGCGUAUCGAGUGGAGUUACCGGCAGAACUCGGCAACAUACAUGAUGUAUUCCACGUGUCCAUGUUACGAAAAUACGUGGCAGAUCCAUCCCACAUUUUACGGCCGCAGGAGAUUGAGGUUACCCAUAAUGUUCACUUUCGUGAUGAGCCGCUACAAAUCAUGGACUAUAAGACGAAGCAGUUGAGGAAUAAGGCGAUCCCCUUGGUCAAAGUCCUAUGGUGGAGUCAGGGAGUCUCCGACAUGACUUGGGAACCAGAGAAGGAAAUGCGUGAACAACACCCUCAUCUUUUCGAAACUCACAACCAAGCACUUGAUCAAAGAACGUUAUUAUCACGAACGGAGUCGGGCGAAGAAAAAACUCAAUCCAAAAUUAACCCACGACCCUCUAAGAGACAAAAGAACUCAACGGUCGUGAGCAACAGUAGCCGAGGAGCGGACAUCGAAGACUGGUGUGACCUGCCGUGUGAUCAUGUAUAAUUAUUCUCUACGGUACAAUUACGUUUUCGGGGAACGGUUUGUGUUAUAUCGGUGGUAGACUUUUAUGGUUUGUAAUAAUGUGAUACUACCACUGUGUAUGUACAAUUAUAACUGGAAUAAUGUACCGUAUAUGUAUGUAAGAAAGUUUCUUCCGCUGAACUCUAAAAAUAAAAGUUUAAAUUCCCGCGGAUUUUUU